GUGUGGAUUCCUAGGUUACGUGGUGUCCAUUAUGGGCCGGAGACGUUCACUCCCGCAUGUCAACUCGGCCGACUGGGGCGUACGCAUGCAGGCAGAGAGACAAGCCGUCAACUUUGUAGUGCAAGGCUCUGCAGCUGACCUGUGUAAGAUGGCCAUGAUCCGUAUCUUCUCCCAAGUGGCCUCCUCGGCAACCCUCACCGCCAGGCUGGUGGCCCAGAUCCACGAUGAACUGCUGUUUGAGGUGGAGGAGCCCCAACUUCAGGAGUUCGCUUUGCUCGUGAAGAGGACCAUGGAAUCCCUUCAGCACAUUGACAGCCUUGGAGUUCAUCUGACUGUACCUCUAAAGGUGGUGGUUUCCAGCGGGUCCUCCUGGGGUUCCAUGUCGGAGUUGUCCCUUCCAGAAACUCCUGCCUGCCCAUAACUCCUCUCUUCAUCGUCACUCUUACCUUCCCUUGUUCUUUUCCCCCAUCCUCUCUCUUUUGCCUUCCUCCUUCUUCUUAGUUCAUCGGUUCAUUCUUUCAUUUAUGCAUACUUCUCCCUGCCCAUAACUCUUCUCUUCUUCCCAUAACUCUUCUCCUCACAGACUGUCUUUUUAUUCCCUUCUUUUUUCCUUUUCACCUUCUCCUUUUGCUCCUAGCACUUUAUCCGUUUUAUUUCAUUUAUAGAAGCUGUGGAGUUAUAGGGUGGAGCUAUGGAGGGGGCUGAGCUGGGCAUUUGCCCCCGGGCCCAAGACCCAUCUGAAUUAGUGGUGGGGGCCCUAUUAUGACCUUGGGAGGCCAUGUGGGGGCCCUAUCAGUGUUUUGCCCUGGUGCCCUAUGUGCCAUAGUUCCACCACUGUUUUCUAUGGUACAUUUAUCUGACUGAAACGGUUAUCUCUUCUUUUGAUGCUGUUUCUCCUUCCUUAUCUUGGUUUGCCUGAAGUUUUGUUUCUGUUCUUACUGGUUUGAAUCUCUCUCCUCUUCUCUCUGUCCAUCUCUUCCCCUCUGUACCUCUCCUGUCAUCCUAUCUGUCCAUCUGUCCCUUUCAACAAAGCCCCCUCUGUCACCCACUUUCCUGAUUCUAGCUCCUCCUCUUUAAUUUUGCACUCUGUCACUCUUUCAUACAGUCACUCACUCACCCACUCUCUCUCUCUCUCUCUCUCUCUCUCUUCCUUCUUUCUUUCUCCCUCCUCCUCUCCUCUCCUCUCCUCUUUAAUUUCUUAUUCAUUCACUCUCACUCAAUCAUUCACCCCCCCCCCCCCCUUCUGUCCUGCAUCCCGUUGUCGUGGUAACAAGCAGCUGCAGCUCCUCCAGCUCUCUCCUCUUGCUCCGUAUCCGGGGGCAACGGCAAGAGCUCCAGACUGGUUCUCACCGGUUCCUCUCUCUUUUUCUAUGUGUGUUCUCUUGUCCUCUUCUCCUCUCUCUCUCUCCCUCUCUCUCUCUCUCUCUCUCUCUCUCUCUCUCUCUCUCUCUCUCUCUCUCUCUCUCAAUAUUUCUUUCUCAGAAUCUUAUUUUUCUGGCACAUCAUCCACUUUAGAAAGUUGUGUUUGUGCGUGUGCUCGCAUUCUGUUCAUUCGCUUUCAUCUGCCUGUUGGCUCUUCCUUCUGUUCGUCAUCCAAGAAACUGUUGGUCCUUAAUGUUGUUAAGUGCCUUUGCAGAUGUAAUAGCUGUAAUGUUAUCACAUGCAACUCUUUAUCUUAACCUUUCAAAUUUUAUGCAUGGAUAGUUAUGCAUUAUUUAAUACAUGUUAUUCAUUUUGAUGUACCCAAGGAAAAAAAUAAGGCAGCAAAACUUUUAGUACUUUGUGCUGAUCAAUUACUUGUGCAGAUGUUCUUGUGCAGAUAUAGUGUUAUCACUGCAUCUAAUUGUAACCUGUCAAGCUCUUAUUUAAGGUAUUAAAUGCAUUAAUUAAUACAUAUACAUUUUAAUAUAUCCAAGUAUGUUGUGUUGUCAAGCACCUUUACAGACACGUCUGAAUUUGAUUAUGAUAACACACACACCACUGUUAUAUAUGGUUAUUUAUGCAUUUAUUACUACAGUAUAUUUAGAUUAAUCUGAAAAUAAAUACAUACAAAUAUAUUUACCAGA